CCCGGGGCCGGCAUGGGCGGAGUGGCUGGGCCGGCACGAUGAGCUCCCUGGGCAGCCCGGUGCGGGCCUACGAUUUUCUUCUUAAGUUCCUGCUGGUGGGCGACAGCGACGUGGGCAAGGGAGAGAUCCUGGCCAGUUUGCAGGACGGAGCAGCCGAGUCUCCUUACGGCCACCCGGCGGGGGUUGAUCACAAGACGACCACCAUCCUGCUAGAUGGCCGAAGGGUGAAACUGCAGCUUUGGGACACCUCAGGGCAGGGGAGAUUUUGUACCAUAUUCCGUUCGUACUCCAGAGGAGCACAGGGUGUGAUACUGGUCUAUGACAUUGCCAACCGAUGGUCUUUCGAUGGCAUCAAUCGAUGGAUUAAGGAGAUUGAUGAGCAUGCUCCUGGGGUUCCUAGAAUCUUGGUGGGAAACCGGCUGCACCUGGCCUUCAAGCGGCAGGUGCCCACCGAGCAGGCGCAGGCCUACGCUGAGCGCUUGGGCGUGACCUUCUUUGAGGUUAGCCCUCUGUGCAACUUCAACAUUACAGAGUCCUUCACGGAGCUGGCUAGGACCGUGCUGCUGCGGCACGGGAUGGACCGUCUCUGGAGGCCGAGCAAGGUACUGAGCUUGCAAGACCUCUGCUGCCGUGCUGUGGUGUCCUGCACGCCUGUGCACCUGGUAGACAAGCUCCCUCUCCCUGCUGCCUUAAGAAGCCACCUUAAGUCAUUCUCCAUGGCCAAUGGCCUCAACACCAGGAUGAUGCACGGCCGCUCCUACUCCCUCACCGCCAGCUCCAGCCACAAGAGGAACAGCUUCCGCAAGGCCAGGGCCAGCCGCCCGUCCCAGAGCCCCCACAGACACUGUGCCAGGAACAGCUGCAAAAUUUCUUAGAGUCCUGCCAUCCCAGCUACUCAAAAGACUGAGGCAGGAGAUCACAAGCUCAAGACCCAUCUCGGCUAAAGAGUGAGUUCAAGGCCAGCCUGGGCAACUAGUGAGGCCCCCGCCUAGAGAUUGAAGAGUAAAUAAGAGGGCUGCCUCUCUGGGAGAGACACAGAGACCUUCCCAGACUUG